AUGAUUGAGUCCACUGCAUUCAACUUCAAACUUCCUAUCUCCAAGUCUGCCGCCUUCAAAUUCCAGCGGUCUCUUCCUUGGUCAUUGAGAAGCAUCGCUCUGAUCAAUAAACGAUUUGCUCAAACUCUCAAGCUCCCAUCUGGCUUCAACGAACAUCACUUCGAUCGAAACACUGUCUGUUUGACCUUUGUCAACCUUGAACCCGUGACCCUGUAG